AUGGGUCGUUCGCGUGUUCUCUCGUUUAUAUCAACCUUUAGCGGUCCCAAGAACAAUGACUCUGGGAGGGAAAGCAAAAGGUCUUCGUCCAACGUGACUCCGUCGCAAACUCCGCCCCGCUGGCAUUCACCUUCUCCCGAAACGCCCUCACCUCCCUCUGAACUGUCGCUCGUCAAUGGUGCGACCCCACGAAAUGACGGAAUGGGCUCGCGACCUCCCUCAGUGAUCUUUUCGCGCAAUCCGCCUCUGAUGGAGCACGCCGAGGAUACUCCACCGGAGCUGUCGCCUAUCUUCUCCUUUCUUAAUAUCCACACCAACAAGGUCUACCAGGAAGGUUAUUUCUUGAAGCUAAAUGACCAGGAUACAUACGGACGGCAGACUGCCGAUCGCCAGUGGACAGAAUGUUACGCUCAACUGGUCGGAACGGUCCUUUCUCUGUGGGAAGCUGCUGCGCUGGACGCGGCGGAUGGUCAAGAGCCCCCUGCGACAUUCAUCAACUUAGCUGAUGCGUCGAUCAAGAUGAUCGAGACAUUGCCUAUUCGCAACGGAGCCGUGGCACCUUUGAAGAAUGUCCUCAGUCUUUCCUCGGCCGGCAAGAAUCGGUACUUGCUACAUUUCAGCUCAUUUCAUUCAAUGACCCAGUGGACGGCGGCAAUUCGCCUCUCCAUGUACGAACACACCUCUUUAUAUGAAGCUUACACCGGCUCUCUCAUCGCUGCCAAAGGCAAGCACCUCCCGGGAAUCCAGUCUAUCUUGAUGCCUACGAAGUUCAAGCAUGAGGACUGGGCGCGUGUGCGAUUUGGCGCGGGAACGCCAUGGAGACGAUGCUGGUUCGUGAUCAACCCGCCAAACGAGAAGGAAAUUCAGAAAGCCCGGAAGGUGAUGAAGAAGUCUGCCUACGACCGCUUGUCGAUCCCGGUCCUUGGAAACAUUCAGUUCUUCGAGACCAAGAAGACCAAGAAGGUGCAGCCGAUCGCCACCGUCACCAAUGUGUACUCCGCCUACGCAAUUUACCCCCAGUCCAAAGCCCUUAUCGAUCAAUCGACCUUGGUGAAGCUGGAGGGCCGAGUUCAUAUGCACCAGCAACCUCAGUCUUCCUCGGAAGGGUUGGUGUUUGUCAUGCCCGAACUGCAUGCUGCGGUUUCUGGGUUUGAGACGAUGCUUCGAUUCUUAUUCCCGACGUUCGAUACGUUCAAUCUUUAUGGCCGCCCGACCCGCCUUGUCGCUGACACAAACCACAUCAAAAGCAUCAUGUUUGCUUUUCCCAAGCAGCGUCGUUAUGGCUACCUGGAUGUGUUGGAUAUUACCAACCUUCUCCAGAUUGCCGGGAGUCAGGAAUGGAGUGAAGCGGAAUGGAGGAAACAGCUUAAGGAGGCGACACAGAAGCGGAUAUCCACCGGCCGGAGUCGAACAAACAGCGUCAACAGCAGCAAACCGCGCUAUCGCUCCAGCAUCUCCAUGCGCAACAGUGAUACCCCGAUCAACCCUCUUCGCCAACCCUUCUCUCCUCCUGAGAGCAAGCCUGAGUUCAACCAAUCUGCAGAAGCUGUCAUUCACGAAAUCCCAAAGAACGAGCCCCCAGUCUAUCACUCUCGUGGAAUUUCAGACAUCACGGGCAUGCAGAACGGGCUUAGGCCCGGCUACAGUUCAAUCAAUGACGAUUCACCUCACUCGUCCGCCCAGGAUCUGGUGGGACGUGGCAGGGCACAGGGUCUCGUAGCGCCUAUUGCUGAGCGCACCAGUUCUGAAAAUGACCGACCCCUUGCCGGAUUUGCGCAAUCUGACCUGAACGGAGAACCCAUUCCACCUCGUACCCCACCAUCUCCAGUUGCAACCCCGCCGUCCUUUGUACACGGACCUCGAUCGAUGCCCGCCAACCGACCCGAAGCGACUUCGGAACAGAGAUUGGCCAAUAACAGGAUGUCUCAUGCAACUCUGUCACAACUUACAUCUGUUGGCAAAAUGAGCAUGGCCGGUUCUGCGGUCGCUUUCCAUGACCAUCCUUCCGAUACCAGCAUCGAUCAACGGUCACAAGGCUAUUUUUCUCACAAUGGCUCUUCUCCAGCGCAGGCAGCAUACAUGAACCCCGCUCUCGCACACUCUUCGAGUGGUGAAGGAUUUGGCAUUGAAAUCCCCGUGCGAGCACCGCCGGCCACGGAGCAACUUCCGGCAACGCCCAGUACUGGCGGCACUCCAUCGCCCCAACGACGUCUCCAUGUUGAAAGGACCGUGAAGCGCAAGCCUCUUCCUCGGAGACAACUCUUUGGACAGGAACCCCUCUCACCUGAUGGAGAGCCAAGUUAUGACGACCUCCGGCAUACCCUGGAUGAAGACGCGCUGAACCGAAUUGCCCCCCAUCUCCCCUCGCCGGUCUCUUCCUACAAAAAUGAGGAAGAGAGUAUCUAUGACGAUGCUUCGACUGUUUCCCCGGAUUAUGCGAGCACACAUGAGUCUGUCUACAGCAAGAAGUCCGAGAAGUCCAUUACCAGGCCCAGAAUGGGUGUCAUGAAGACAGUCGGAAUGCCAUCUAGGCAAGACCUCGUAAUUGGCGACGCUCACUAUUCCACGGAAAGGCCCGCCGAGGCCAUCAACCCAGAUAUUCCUACAGUCGACUUCGGUCCGACAUUGGCAUAUAUGCCCACCACCGGACGCCCGACUACGGGAGACACUUUGCGCAAGACGUCGAACCAGCGGAAUGACUUGGAUGCUGCAGAGCGAUAUCGGCUGUCCGUUCCAACGAGCCAAAUGGACCGGGUACACCAGGGGACUCCUAGCCAGGAAGAAUACCGACGGAGUGUCUUGUGGCAGCCUGGAAUGGCUACCAAUCGCCCUGUUACCCCUGCUGGAGGUCUCACCCCGGAACAGUAUGUCCAGCAGCGAGCAGCACCUAGCCCCCCGAUACAUAUGCAUCUCCGUUCCCCGUCUGACAACACUCCUCCGCCGCAGCCCCGACCAGUAUCUGGUGACUGGGCCAAUCAAGUCCGUUCCAGUUCUCGCAUGACCGCCCAUCAAGAUCCCAACUAUCGUCCCUCAUCGCGCGGCACCGGAACGAUGUUGAACAACUAUAACGAUGUUUCGACCCAUCUUUCCGCUCGUGAGCAGGAGCAUGUUGCCCGCGUGACUGGUUCUUCCUUCUUUAACAUGAAUCAAGCCAACCGGAACCCCCAACCGCAGCUUCAGGGUAGCGGCCUUGUUUCGUCAAUCGAUGCCCGUGAACGUGAGAAACGUGAGAUGAGGGAGGGAAUGUCGAAUCGGAUGGUUCAGCAUGCGAUUGCCCAUCGACAACAGGUCAUGCACCAGCCACCAUAUGUUCCCCAACAUGCUGGCACGAUUUACCCGCCCCAGCAAGCUCCCACGAUUUACCCGUCCCAGGAAGCUCCCCACCAAUCCAUGUACAACCUCCCGGGAGCCAACCACACUUGGGAUGCUCUGAACCAAAUGAGCCGCCCCGAUGAGCCACGCCGGCGCUCUUGGUAUGGGCAGCUUCCCCAGACUGCCGCACAGGUUCCGCCGAGCUACCAGCAAAGCCAACAAUAUGCUCAGCCCGGAGAUUACCCCAACAACUACAACGCCAUGCGUUAUUAA